AUUUUUAGCGGAGUUACAAAUUAGGCCGUUUUCAAGUUCAAGAAAAUUUGGCAAUGCCCAAACUGCUUAAAGUGGACUGGUUGAGUUGGCUUGUUGUUUGAUUUGAUAAGGGAAAGCCUUUACACGUUGGAGGUUGUGUGAAAAGUUAUAUAAUCACAAAUUGGUUUGAAAUAAUUGCAGAAAAAUGGUGUCUAAAUCAAUUAUUGUAGCGAUUUUAUUAAAUAUUAUUUCAAAUGUAUUUGCAGGAUGUGCAAAUCCUCAAAUUUCAAAUAUUAACUCAUUUAACACGGGUGAUGCCACAAUUGUAACUAAAAUUGCAUAUAUCGCUGAAUUUUAUGUUGGUUGUGAGAAUGAGGAAACACCACAACUUUUUGUAGAAUUGGAAAAUAAAAUAAUUCCACUUGCUAGGGUUGGAGACAAUACUUAUCAAAUAAGUUGGAUUGAAGAUAUUAAAAAAGCCCGCAGUGGUGAUUUCAAUGUCCGUUUAUUUGAUGAAGAAGGAUAUUCCAAUUUACGUAAGGCACAACGCAUAGGAGAAGAUUUAUCUACAGUUAAAUCAUUAUCUGAGUUUGUAAUAAACGCCACUGGUGCUUACAAAGGGCCGUGGGUGAAUUCAGAAUUAUUAGCUAUUCUAAUUGCGGGUAUUACUUCAUAUUUCGCUCUAACUACGAGAAGCAAAUUAGUUUCUUAAAUUAUGGGAAUUAACUAAAUUAGCAGAACAAAGUUCCAUAUUGAGAACAUAAUAAAACUAAAUUUUAACUUAUUAAAUUUUUGAUCAAAAAAUUUUUUGUUUGGAAAAAAA